AUGCCUUGCUGUCAAAUGACACGCAUGAUUAGAGACAAAAACCAAAAACCCAACUGGGACUACAAAUUUGACAUUUCACCAGAACCAAAUGGGCUCAUUCCAAAGUUGAAAAUUGCCAGUCUGGAGAAACCAGAAACCCCGGAGAGCGUGGAGCCCCGCUUUGCGGAGAUUUCUCCCCGUGGGUUUUCCGCACUGGCCUUCUCGGGAGCUCAUUGGCCAGGACGUCCGUCCCCCAUGUCUUGGCAAUUCCAAGCCGAGUGA